ACAGAGGUGCGCAAGAGAGUUGGAGGGGCAGGACGCACAGAGAGAGUGCAACGAGUGCUUGGAAACUUGGAGAAGCUGCGGUGAGCCUGAAAACCUCAGCAAGUGAAGUGCGUCUCCUCAAGCCCCCAAGAAAAGAAGGGUUAACUAUUUUUGUACAACUGCUGCUUCAUCUCACUUGUGAAAAUGUCGGGUGGCCCUUUGGGCACGGCGCUGGCAGUGGCUUUGCUCGCCUGCGCUGUGCAGUGUAUGCCGAAAGCGACGGGGAAACAUAGGAGACAAGCUCAGGAACACUCGGUGUCAUCUGUAUCCCAAGAUGGCUGUGUCGAGAAUGGUCAGUUUUAUGGAGUUGGACAGCAGUGGGAGCGCAGUUAUCGGGGCAGCACUCUGCUCUGCACUUGUCACGGAGUCUCUGGUAUUAAGUGUAAAUCAAAGCCCGAUGCUGAGGAGACCUGCUAUGAUAAAGUAAAUAGCCGCUCCUAUCGAGUUGGAGAAACUUAUGAGAGGCCCAAAGAUGGGAUGAUCUGGGACUGCACUUGCAUUGGCUCUGGUCGAGGGAAAAUCAGUUGCACCAUUGCGAACCGCUGUCAUGAGGGAGGGCAAUCCUACAAGAUUGGAGACACCUGGAGGAGACCGCAUGACACUGGAGACUACAUGCUGGAGUGUGUCUGUUUAGGCAAUGGGAAAGGAGAGUGGACCUGCAAAGCUGUUGCGGAGCGUUGUUAUGACAAUUCAGCUGGUACAUCCUAUGUGGUUGGUGAGACCUGGGAGAAACCCUACCAAGGCUGGAUGAUCGUGGACUGCACCUGUCUAGGGGAAGGAAAUGGACGCAUCACAUGCACAUCUAAAAACCGCUGUAACGACCAGGAAAUGCGCACUUCUUACCGUAUCGGAGACACAUGGAGCAAAACAGAUUCUCAAGGGCAUGUGCUACAGUGUUUAUGUACUGGUAAUGGACGUGGAGAAUGGAAGUGUGAGAAACAUGUGUCAAUGCACUCUACUAGCCUGGGUACUGGGUCUCGAGUGAUUACCAAUGCCCAGACUGCAGUAUUGCACCCAGUGGCAGUACCAGAGUACCCUGCAGAGGGAACCUGUCUGACAGACAGAGGUCUUUCCUACUCCCUAGGCAUGCGCUGGAUCAAGACCCAAGGCAGCAAACAGUUGUUGUGUACCUGCUUGGGUAACGGUGUAAGCUGUGAAGAUUGGGAGGGCCAGUCUCAGGUGUAUGGUGGUAGCUCAGAUGGCCAGCCUUGUGUGUUCCCUUUUGUGUUCAUGGGAAAAACGUUCUACUCCUGCACUUCUGAGGGCCGCAGUGAUGGACAGCUCUGGUGUAGCACCUCAUCCGACUUUGAGAAAGACUACAAGUACUCCUUCUGUACUGGGAACAAUGUUUUGGUGGCAACCAGAGGAGGAAACUCAAAUGGUGCCUUGUGCCACUUCCCAUUCCUCUUCAAUGGCCGUAACUACACUGACUGCACUGCUGAUGGCAGAAGAGAUGGCAUGAAAUGGUGUGGCACCACCUAUGACUAUGACAGAGAGCAGCGCUUUGGCUUUUGCCCCAUGGCAGCCCAUGAGGAGGUGUGUACCACAAAUGAGGGUGUGAUGUAUCAUGUGGGUGAUCAGUGGGACAGACGCCAUGAUGUCCUGGGUCACAUGAUGCGCUGUACAUGUGUGGGCAAUGGCCGUGGAGAAUGGAGCUGCGUCGCCUACUCGCAACUCAAAGACCAGUGCAUUGUGGAUAAUUUGACCUACGAAGUAAACCAGACUUUCACUAAACGGCACGAUGAAGGCUACAUGAUGAACUGCACCUGUUUUGGUCAAGGCCGUGGACGCUGGAAGUGUGACGCUAUCGAUCACUGCCAGGAGCCGGAGACUAAAGUGUUCUAUCAGAUCGGAGAGUCUUGGGACAAAGUGAUCCAGGGAAUCCGCUACAGGUGUUACUGUUAUGGAAAUGGAAUUGGAGAGUUAAGAUGCGAGCCUCAGCAAUCUUUCCCUGGUGGUCAACGUCCAGUCCAGGUGAUUAUAACAGAAUCUGGCAACCAGCCCAACUCCCACCCCAUCCAAUGGAAUCCCCCGUCUUCUGCGCACAUCACACAGUACAUACUCAAAUGGAGACAGAAAAACACCCAUAGCCAAUGGAUGGAGGUCACUAUUCCUGGCCAUUUGAACUCUUAUACCAUCGCUGGACUGAAACCAGGAAUCACUUACGAGGGUCAACUCAUCAGCAUCCUGCACUUCGGACGUAGAGAAGUCACUCGGUUUGACUUCACCACUACCUAUGGUUCAUUGGCAACAUUUGAGGGAGAUACAACACAGCCCCCUCCUGUGGUGGACACUUCCGAAUCUGUGACUGAGAUCACCUCCAGCAGCUUCGUCAUCUCGUGGAUUUCUGCAUCAGACACAGUGUCUGGUUUCAGGGUGGAAUAUGAACUGAGUGAAGAGGGAGGGCAGACUGGACAGCCCAUGGUCUUGGAUCUGCCUCAUACGGCUUCAUCAGUGAACAUCAGUGAGCUUCUCCCAGGCAGGAAGUACACAGUAAAUGUGUAUGAAGUGACCAACCAAGGGGAGCCUAAUCUGAUCCUUACCACUUCUCAGACCACAGCUCCUGAUGCCCCUUCUGACCAUGAAGUGGAGGAUGUGGGGAAGACCACCAUUGUUAUCAGCUGGUCUAAACCUCUGGCUCCCAUCACAGGCUACCGUGUGGUUUACACACCAUCUGAAGAAGGUAGUUCUGGCAGCACUGAGCUGAAUCUACCCAACACUGCCACCUCAGUGACCCUGGGUGAUCUUCGCCCUGGUCUGCUCUAUAACAUCAGUAUCUACUCUGUGGAAGAGAGUCUGGAGAGUGAGCCUAUAUUUGUUCAGGUCACCACUGCUGAGGAACCCCUGACAGCUCCUGAUGCCAUUUCUGACUUUGAAGUGGAGGAUGUGCGGGAGACCGCCAUUGUUAUCAGCUGGUCUAAACCUCUGGCUCCCAUCACAGGCUACCGUGUGGUUUACACACCAUCUGAAGAAGGUAGUUCUGGCAGCACUGAGCUGAAUCUACCCAACACUGCCACCUCAGUGACCUUGGGUGACCUUCGCCCUGGUCUGCUCUAUAACAUCAGUAUCUACUCGGUGGAAGAGAGUCUGGAGAGUGAGCCUAUAUUUGUUCAGGUCACCACUGCUGGGGAACCACUGAGAGCUCCUGAUACCCCUUCUGACUAUGAAGUGGAGGAUGUGGGGGAGACCGCCAUUGUUAUCAGCUGGUCUAAACCUCUGGCUCCCAUCACAGGCUACCGUGUGGUUUACACACCAUCUGAAGAAGGUAGUUCUGGCAGCACUGAGCUGAAUCUACCCAACACUGCCACCUCAGUGACCCUGGGUGACCUUCGCCCUGGUCUGCUCUAUAACAUCAGUAUCUACUCUGUGGAAGAGAGUCUGGAGAGUGAGCCUAUAUUUGUUCAGGUUACCACUGCUGGGGAACCACUAAGAGCUCCUGAUGCCCCUUCUUACUAUGAAGUGGAGGAUGUGCGGGAGACCGCCAUUGUUAUCAGCUGGUCUAAACCUCUGGCUCCCAUCACAGGCUACCGUGUUGUUUACACACCAUCUGAAGAAGGUAGUUCUGGCAGCACUGAGCUGAAUCUACCCAACACUGCCACCUCAGUGACCCUGGGUGAUCUUCGCCCUGGUCUGCUCUAUAACAUCAGUAUCUACUCUGUGGAAGAGAGUCUGGAGAGUGAGCCUAUAUUUGUUCAGGUCACCACUGCUGGGGAACCACUGACAGCUCCUGAUGCCCCUUCUUACUAUGAAGUGGAGGAUGUGCGGGAGACCGCCAUUGUUAUCAGCUGGUCUAAACCUCUGGCUCCCAUCACAGGCUACCGUGUUGUUUACACACCAUCUGAAGAAGGUAGUUCUGGCAGCACUGAGCUGAAUCUACCCAACACUGCCACCUCAGUGACCCUGGGUGAUCUUCGCCCUGGUCUGCUCUAUAACAUCAGUAUCUACUCUGUGGAAGAGAGUCUGGAGAGUGAGCCUAUAUUUGUUCAGGUCACCACUGCUGGGGAACCACUGACAGCUCCUGAUGCCCCUUCUGACUAUGAAGUGGAGGAUGUGCGGGAGACCGCCAUUGUUAUCAGCUGGUCUAAACCUCUGGCUCCCAUCACAGGCUACCGUGUGGUUUAUACACCAUCUGAAGAAGGUAGUUCUGGCAGCACUGAGCUGAAUCUACCCAACACUGCCACCUCAGUGACCCUGGGUGACCUUCGCCCUGGUCUGCUCUAUAACAUCAGUCUCUACUCGGUGGAAGAGAGUCUGGAGAGUGAGCCUAUAUUUGUUCAGGUCACCACUGCUGGGAAACCACUGACAGAAGAAGUCCCCUCUCCAACUGAUCUGCAGUUCUUUGAGGUAUCUGACUCUAAGAUCACCAUCACUUGGACCAGUCCAUCCACAGAGGUGUCUGGAUACCGUGUGUCUGUGGCUAAGUUAGGUUCAGACGGGCUGACAGAGAGAGAAAUCCAGCUCCCAGUAACCCGCAACGCCUACGCUGAGAUCACACACCUCCAGCCUGGAACCCUAUACCGUUUCUUCAUCUUUGCUCUCAGAUCAGAGGAGGAGAGCGAGCCACUGGUUGGAGAACAAGCUACAAAGCCUGACUCACCCACCAAUAUCCACUUCACUAAUGUUAUUGAAGACAGUGCUAUGAUCAUCUGGUCCCCUCCAAAGGCUCAGAUCACAGGUUACAGGCUCUUCUUGACUGUUGAGGGCUUGAACCCCAAACAGCUGCGUAUUCCUGCCCGCCUGUCACGGUACACCAUCCUCAACUUGCAGCCUGAUACUGAGUACACUGCCACUCUGCAUGCAGAAAGAGGCAACGUGCUUAGCGAGGGGUCUUCCGCCACCUUCACCACAAUUCAGCCAAUGGGAAAUGCUCCCCAUUUCAGCACUGAUGUCACAGACACAUCAAUCAUUAUAUCCUGGACCCCUCUGUCUAGAACUGGAUACAAGUUGACCGUGAGGCCAAGCCAAGGUGGAGAAGCCCCUAGGGAUGUGAUCUCUGAGUCUGGUAGUGUUGUUAUCUCAGGUCUAACCCCUGGAGUUGAGUACACGUACAGCGUCCAGCCCAUCAUUAACGGUUAUGAGCACGGCAACCCCAUCACACGACGUGUGGUCACUCCUCUUUCUCCACCUACUGAUCUGAAGUUGAAGUCCAACCCAAACACCGGAGAAGUAACUGUUCAAUGGAAAGAUGCCAAAACUCCAGACAUCACUGGCUACAGAGUGAGUUCCACUCCCACCAAAGGGCAGCAUGGGAACUCAGUGGAGGAGUUUGUGAAGGCAGGACAGAACUCGUGCACUUUAGAGAACCUGAGUCCAGGAGUGGAGUACAAUGUUAGUGUGUUUACAGUAAAGGAUGACAUGGAGAGCACCCCUGUAUCAACCACCAUGACUCCAGAUGUGCCCAAAAUAACUGACCUUCACUUUAUCAACAUUACUGACUCCACUAUCGGCCUUACCUGGAGUCCACUUAACUCUACCGUUGUCACCGGCUACCGCGUCACCGUGUUGGCCGCUGGGGACAGUGUCCCAAUCUUUGUUGAAUUUGUGGAGCCCACAACAAGCUUUUAUACUGUGCAUGGUUUAGAGCCUGGGAUCGAUUAUAACAUCACCAUCACAACAAUAACAGAAAAUGGAGAGAGUGAGCCCAUCACCAUCACCCAGCAAACAGCUGUCCCUGCCCCAUCUGGUCUGUCAUUUGGGGACGUGACCGCAGACAGUAUGCUGGUGACCUGGAAUGCCCCUCAGGUGCCCAAACCCUCUGAUAUUGACCGCUACAUCAUCCGCUACCACCCAGUUGAUGACGAAGAUGACACCACUGAGCGCAUUCUGGAUGGAAAUUCAGAAUUUGUCAUUCUUCGCAAUCUCGUGCCCAAUACUGAGUACGUGGUGAGCGUGCUUUGUGUCUAUGAGGAGAGAGAGAGCUCACCUGUAAUUGGCACUAAAAGAACUGUCCUGGAUGCUCCUGUCGGUCUGCAAUUCUCUGAUGUCGGUACCAACUCCUUCACCGUGCGCUGGCAGGCUCCUCAGGCCGUUAUCUCAGGAUACCGUAUCCGCUAUCAAAUGACCAGUGGUGGGCGUGCUAAAGAGGAGAGACUGCCUCCAUCCAGGAGUCAUUUCACUCUCACAGGCUUGACCCCCGAGACCAAGUACAGCAUCAACAUCUAUGCCGUUAGUGGAUCCCGCGAGAGUCUGCCAUUGACUGGAACUCAGUCUACCAUCUCAGAUGCCCCCACUGAUCUGGAGGUUACCUCCUCAACACCAACCAGCAUUACCGUUCGCUGGGAUGCCCCCUCUGUCACUGUGAGGUACUACAGGAUCACACAUGGAGAGUCAGGAGGUUUUGACACUACUCAGGAAUUUACUGUCCCUGGCUCCCAGUCAACUGCCACCAUUGAGGGUCUGCGUCCAGGCACUGAUUACACCAUCACUGUUUACGCUGUGACCGGCAGAGGGGACAGCCCAGCCUCCAGCACGCCAAUCAAAGUUAAACACAGGACAGAUAUUGAGUCGCCAUCACAGAUGGAGGUGACUGACGUUAAGGACAACACUAUUACUGUGCGCUGGAGCCCAGCAGCAGGCCCCAUCUCAGGAUAUCGUGUCACAGGAAUGCCACUCAAUGGACAGGGUCCUGCCUUCUCUGAAGUGGUGGCUCCAGACCAGACUGAAAUGACGUUCUCUGGCUUGAUGCCGACAGCAAAGUAUACAGUCAGUGUGUUUGCUCUGGGUCAGGAUGGAGAGAGCCCCCCUCUGGUCGAAACUAUAGUCACAACGGUGGACAAACCCAAAGACCUAACCUUCAGUGACGUGGACUCAACCUCCAUGCGCAUCUCCUGGGAAAGUCCUGAUGGCUUGGUCUCUUCUUACAGAGUGUUGUACUACAGUCCAGAAGAGGGAGAGAGAGAGCUAUUCCCUGCCCCACGCGGAGAUGACGAGUCUGCGGUGCUUCAAGGCCUCAGACCAGGCACAGAAUACACAGUUAAAGUCAUUGCUCUGCAUGACCGGACACCCAGUCCUCCACUAGUGGCCACUCAGACAACAGCUAUUCCUGGGCCUACCAAUCUGUACUUCUCCAAGGUGGGUCCAACAUCAUUCACUGUUUCCUGGUCUGCUUCCAACGUCAAGCUGACAGGUUACCGUGUGGCCAUCACCCCCAAAAGCAAGAGUGGCCCCACUAAAGAGGUCAACAUUGCCCCGGACUCCACUGAGUUCCACGCCACUUCACUCACGCCUGGCACUGAUUAUGAAGUGGAGGUUUAUGGUGUGAAGAAUUCUCUUACUAGCCAUCGUGUCAAAGGCCAAGUCACGACACUUGACAACAUCAGCCCACCGCGACGUGUUCGUAUUUCCAAUGUUAAUGACUCCUCCAUCACUCUCACUUGGCGCUCUAAGACAGAGACUAUCUCCGGCUUCCUGGUAGAAGCCACUCCCACCACUGGCAGCCAUAACCCUAUUCAGAGGACCAUUGAACCUGAUUCACGCACCUACACCAUUACUGGUUUGCAGCCAGGAACCACCUAUAAAAUCAAUAUCUAUACACUGAAUGGAAAUGCACGCAGUGAGCCUUUCACCCUUACAGCCACUACAGCAAAACCAGUAAUUAGCCCUCCUACCAACCUCCACUUCACCUCUUUGACUCCUAACACAAUUUCCUUCACCUGGAAGCCUCCACGCAGCACCAUCACUGGAUACUAUGUCACCUAUGAGGAGCCAGGGGACAUUCCCAAAGAGUUGACCCCUAGACCUCAGGCUGGCAGGACCUUUGCUUCCAUCUCUGGUUUGAAACCAGGCACUGAGUAUGUUAUCAAGAUUGUUGCAUUAAAUAAUGCUCAGAGAAGCACUCCGCUGCUUGGAAAGGCAAGAACUCAUAUGGAAAGUCACCAACUGACCCCCCAGCUCCCCAACCCCAGUCGACCACACAUUGACAUCUUGGAUGUGCCAGAGGAUAAUGACCACUUCAACAAUCAUGUGCAUAUGCUGGGUCCAAACAGACACAACACACUGGGGCAGCAGGGCCAGCACAUCUACACUGAAUAUCAGAGCUUCAGCCUGGGCAACAACGGCCAGCAGCUUCACCCCCCAAACCACAGAGAGCCCCUGGUCUAUAUCCCCCUGCCGGGAGCAGAUGGACAGAGAGUGCCAGUUGUGAAGGUGAAUGAGGGCCCUGAACCCAGCUUCCCAUUCGGAGACCUUUACAAUGAGACAAACCUGCCCCAGGAAUCUCAGACCCAGACCACAAUUAUAUGGCAACCUGUGCCGCACACUUCAGAGUAUGUGGUGUCAUGCAGUCCUGUUACAGAGGUCAAUGAGAAGAGCUUCCAGAUGCGUCUGCCUGGAACUUCUACUAGUGCAACACUGAUCGGUCUCACUGCUGGUGCCUCUUACAAUGUUGUUGUGGAGUCUGUCAGUAGAGACCAAAAAGAGAAAGUCCUAGAAGAUGUUGUGACUGUCGGAAACAGUGUUCCAGGGUCUGGAGUGAUCCCCACAGCCAGGGAUAUAUGCCAUGACACAUUCACUGCCACCUACCAUGAGGUGGGCACGGAGUGGGAGCGUAUGUCGGAGACAGGAUUUAAGCUGUGGUGCAAGUGUCUUGGCCUCGGCAGUGGCCAUUUCAGAUGUGAUUCAUCCAAGUGGUGCCAUGACAAUGGCCACAACUACAGAAUUGGUGAGAAGUGGGACCGCCAUGCUGAGAAUGGUCACAUGAUGAGCUGCACCUGCCUGGGCAAUGAGAAAGGAGAGUUCAAGUGUGAACCCCAUGAGUCUACGUGUUAUGAUGAGGGGAAGUUGUACCAGGUUGGGAACCAAUGGCAGAAGGAGUAUCUUGGAGCCAUCUGCACUUGUACCUGUUAUGGAGGACAACAGGGCUGGCGUUGUGAGAACUGCCGUCGGCCUGGUGCUGAAGUUGACAUGGACCUCAUUCAGCCUCCAGUGCACACGGAUGCUUUCAACCGCUACAGAGAGAAUGCCCUACGUAAAUUUAACAUCCAAUGUCCCAUUGAGUGCCUCAGACCAGACCUGCUAGCAGAUGCCCAGAGCCCAGAAUAAAUGUGCAUAACAGUUUUUCCCUAAUAUUGGAGAGGUCACACCCCCCAGAGACUGUACUUCGCUCCGUCAGUGUUUCUCCAUCCUAAUAUUACCCACACUGCAAACUCUGUCCUGCUGCUUCCACCCGCUGCCCACCUGUGACAUCAUGCCCGGAGACAAAACUUCUCACUCUUCUGAUUGGUUGAGUCCUCAGCCGAUCAGUUAGUUGCUUCUUCAUGUCUUUCCAUAGAAAGGAGAGUCACCAUUCUUAUAAAUCAAAAUUCCACAGAUUUGUUUCAAUUCCAAAGUCUUGCGGAAGAUCUAUACCACUGCACAUCAUUGCAACAUUCUAGGUCAACUUUAAACUGAUAUCAGUGGAACAUCUACAGAGAAUCAACACAUCUCAUCAUUUUUCAGUAUUAUUGCCUUUUGUCUGAUUACAGUGUGUUUUUUAAUGAUUUUGUGACUUUUUUUGUCAGUGAUCAAAACGUUUAUUGGUGUUCUUUUCUAAAACAAGCACUGUCUCACAAUGAAAACCUUUGUGCCUUGUAGGCACCUUUUUGUAGUAUGAUGUAAUUUCCACCCCUUUUAAUCUGAUUGGUUGGUUUAAAUCUGUGGCCUCUGUGUCUUUCAGGAGACAAAGGAAAGCACUGUGUUAAUGAAGAAGUAAACAUUUGUUUGCUAUUUUUAUUUAUCCAUUU